AUGUCCACUGUAACAGCGACGGUGAACUACUUCGGUCCCCCCGCGGACGGGGCGAAGCCCUACCAAGCUGUCGUCCAAGAGCCAGGAAAGGGCCAGCGACUCGAGCGCAACUACGCAAUCGAGAAGCACCAGGUCGAUAUUGAGAACGUCCGCGGGAGGGAAGGAGAGUUCACCCUCGACAAGAACGGGUUCCAAUUCUACAGGCGUGCAGCCAAGCACACCGAUUUCACCGACGAUGACAAGAUCCGGGAGGAGUACUACCCAGAGAGCGAGGAGCUGCUCAAGGAACUAACGGGAGCCAGCCGAGUGUUGUUUUUCGACCACAACUCAGACUGGCGUUCAGACCAAUCCAGCGUCCGCCAGCCCGCGGCCAUGGCGCACGUCGACCAGAGCACCGGGGCAGCCAUCACCCGUGUGCACCGGCACCUGCCCCCCGCAGACGCAGACGCGGUCCUUCGCCGCCGCUUCCAAAUCAUCAACCUCUGGCGCCCAAUCCGGCACGCCGCCCUUGACUGGCCGCUCGCGUUCUGCGACUUCCGCAGCGUGAACGCGGAGGAGGGCGGGGACGUCGUGCCGACCGAGCUGAGGAAUACGACGUACGUCGGCGAGACGAUGAGCGUGAAGUACAAUCCCGAGCACAAGUGGAAGUACGUGCGCGGGAUGGAGCCUGACGAAUUUGUUCUGAUCAAAUGCUACGACUCGAAGGACGGCGUAGCAAAGUUCACGCCGCAUACUAGCUUCGAAGAUCCCAGUACUCCUCCUGAUGCACCGCUGAGGGAGUCCAUCGAACUGAGGGCUCUGGUGUUCUACGACUGA